AAAAAAAAAAAAAAAAAAAACAAAUAUACCAUAUUGUCAUUACGUACUCACGGAUAAAACUAAUUUCAUACAUAAUAAGCGGGUUGUGUUAGAGAAUGUUAGUCUCUCUUUUAAAUAAAACAUGUUGUAGUUAUAUUCAAAAAUGAGAUUUAAAACCAGAAACCAAACAAAGGUAUCAGUGUCAUUGUUGGUGGUAACUACCGCCAGCAACGUGAAAAACGAAGAGGACGUUCAUUUAAUAUUAUACAUUUUUUAUAAUAUUGAGCGCGGUGAGUUUAAAAUUCGCUAUAUAAACAUCGGAUGUUUUGUAGUAUACAUUCUAAACUGGUAAGAGAUGGCAAACCAAACAAAACCGAUCUUACCUCUAUUAGUCAAUAAGAAACCACUUGAGCUUAUUAAACCCUCAAAACACACCCCUUCUGAAACUCUCUCCCUUUCUACUUUGGAUAACGAUCUUUUCAAUGAAGUUAUGUAUGCAACAAUUUAUGUUUUCAAAGCCAAUGAAAAGAACCAAAAUGAUCCUGUCCCUUUGCUUAGGAAGGCUUUGUCCGAACUUCUUGUGUACUACUAUCCCCUUUCAGGCAAGCUCAUGAGACGAGAGAGUGAUCGAAAACUUCAGCUAGUUUUUGGGGGUGAGGGAGUUCCAUUUGAGGUCGCUACUGCAGCCCUCAACCUCUCCUCUCUAAACUAUAUAGAAAAUCUUGAUGACCAAGUUGCUUUGCGCCUUGUACCUGAUAUCGAAAUAGACUACGAUAGCAACAUCUCUUAUCAUCCACUAGCUUUGCAGGUGACCAAGUUCGCAUGUGGAGGAUUCACCAUAGGCACAGCGUUGACGCACGCCGUAUGUGACGGAUUCGGUGUGGCUCAGAUCAUCCAUGCUUUAACCGAGUUAGCUGCAGGAAAGAGUGAGCCAACGGUGAAGCCGGUGUGGCAGAGAGAACGGUUGGUCGGACAAUUUGAUGAUGAAGCGGCUAAAAUGCCUGGCGGGCACAUUACUAGCCUUUUAGCCACCUCACCAUAUAUUCCAGCCAGUGAAAUGGUAACGGAGACAAUAAACAUUCGAGCUGGUAAUAUAAAGAGGCUUAAAGACUCUUUGAUGAGAGAGUGCGGGUACCCUAAAGAGGGUUUCACUACUUAUGAAGUACUUAGCUCUUGCAUAUGGAAAGCAAGAUCUCGAGCACUGAAGCUAAACCUUGACGGGAUCACUGUCCUUGGCGUAGCUGUUGGAAUCCGACACGUUUUAGAUCCGCCACUUCCUCAAGGAUUCUACGGUAACGCCUACGUAGAUGUCUAUAUCGAGUUAACCGUGAGAGAACUCCAGGAAGCAUCAAUCUCUGAAAUUGCUAAGCACGUGAAGAAAGCCAAGAAAACAGCUCAUGACAAGGGCUAUCUCGAGGAAGAGCUAAGGAACACGGAGAGAUUGAUGAGGGAUGAUGCGAAGUUCGAAGGGGUGAGCGAUGGACUAUUGUUUCUUACGGAUUGGAGGAACAUUGGUUGGUUCGGAUCAAUGGAUUUUGGUUGGAGCGAGCCGGUGAAUCUGCGGCCGUUGACCGAGCAGAAGAGUGCAGUGCAUAUAGGGAUGAUAUUGAAACCUUCACAACUUGAUCCAUCAAUGGAAGGUGGAGUUAAAGUGAUCAUGACGUUGCCAAGAGUUGCAAUGGUUGACUUCAAGCGAGAGAUGGAUGCUAUGAACAAACUUUACUCUUAAUAUUAUUAGUACCUGGAUUAGUUUUCUAUGUGUGUGAUUGAAUGUUUCAAACAUGAAUAAUGGGCGAAUAAGAUCAGUAUGCUUAUAUGAAUGA